UCUCUUGCUCCGUUCCUUCAGAUAUGAUUUAGUUUGCCUCAUUUUUGUAUCUAUCCUUUGAAAAUGCCAGAUUUUGUGAACUGGCCUGUUUAAUGUUGUGUUCUACGAAUUAGGCCUACAUUCACUUUAAAUUUGAAAUCAGAUAUUAAGGCCAGACAGGUACCAUUACAUGAGUAGUAGUUUUGUAGUUUUAUUGUAAUAUAUCGGACCACUACUAUGUAUUUCUUCUUGAGUCUUUUUUUUCACCUCUGCUCUUCUAAAACGUCCCACAGCUCUCCGGGAGGGGGCGGUGUCACACAUAUAAAUUCUGUCACUUCCUCUCCAGACCGGAAAAACACACCAGCGUGGUUCCGCUCUGUCUGUCGCCAGCUCGUGCUUAUCUUUUAAAUUACUUUUUCUGCAAAACAUUACUGAAAAUCAAACCGUGGAAGAUGGCCAACGACAACACGAAACUCUCCAAAAACCUGCUCCGAAUGAAGUUCAUGCAGAGGGGACUUGAUGCAGAGACGAAGAAGCAGUUGGAGGAGGAUGAGAGGAGGAUCAUCAGUGACGAGCACUGGUACCUGGACCUGCCUGAACUCAAGGCCAAAGAAAACCUGAUUGUUGAGGAGAAGAGUAUUGUUCCCUGUGAAGACCUGAGAUACGGGCGAGUGUCAUUUAUGGGAUUUAACCCAGAAGUCGAGAAGUUGAUGGCUCUGAUGAAUCCUAAAGAAGAGACUGAGGAAGAUGAGGAGGAGGAGGACUUCAGGAAAAUGCAAACGGACGUCACGGAUGAAGACAUGGCUCUCAGGUACGAGAGUUUGGUGAGCAGCAUGAAGAAGAAGUUUGCAAAGAAAAGAGACAGAGCCAUGAUCGAAGAGGAUUUAAAUCAGAAAGUCACAAACACCAAGAGAGUCUUUUUGAAACCUCAGGACUGAAUCAAAUACAUGUGAUUUUUAUGUCAAACUGAAAAUAAGAUUUUUUUAAUGACUGUGACUGUACAGUUUGUGAAUGGAUAUUAUAUAUCCCCUUUUUAAAAGAAAGUGAUGGAACCAUUAAAGGACCUGAACAUGGA